GUCGUCAUGAUGGGUUGUGGGGUUCCACAUGCAAGCUACCCCGCCAAAAAUCUUCUACAUGCAAAGUUUCAAAGGUUUCGACACUGACGACGCGACAAGCUAGAAACCUAUCUUAACUUUGUACAUAGAAGGAACUAUUCCGACCUCAUUCUUCGUCACAAAACAGCACCGAAUAGAAAUUUACAAUCAUGGCUACCCCAAACCCAUUCCUUCUUGCAGCCGAUAACAACCCCACGUUGCUGCCCCUCCUCCGAGAGAACCCAGCACUCGCAUCAUCGCAAGAUGAGCAUGGUUAUUCACUCGUCCACGCCGCUGCCAGCUACAAUCAUCUCGACCUCCUGCGAGCGCUAGUCCGCGAGUUCAAUGUCGACGUCGACCUGAAAGAUGAGGACAACGAGACUGCCUUGUUUGUUGUCGAAACCCAAGAUGCGGCGCAGGUCCUCGUCGAAGAGCUCGGAGCAAACAUCAACCACCGGGGAUCAGAAGGGUUAACAGCUAGAGAAAAGAUUGAAGCGGAAGCUGAAUUUCCUGCUGUUGCGGAAUACCUAGCCAUGAUCGAAGCCAAGAAGGCCGAUGAUCCUGCCUCGACCGCAGCGGCUGUCAUGCCUGAAGUUAUCCCCCACCCUCCAGAGGGAAUGAAGGUUACUGUUGGCACGAUGGACGAGACCACAGACAUUCCCGAGGAAAUCGACCCAGAGUUCCGAAGAAGAAUCGAGGAACUGGCUCAACGCGACGAUUUCAAUACCCCUCAAGGUCAAGCCGAGCUGCGGAAGUUGGUUGAGGAUGCUGUUCUGGGUGAGGGUGGUGUCGGGGAUGAACGAAACGUGCGAUCAAAGCAAGAUUAGGAGUUCAAUCCGACGAUUUUGUCUCCCACAUGAGAUACCUCCCGGCCGCGCUGGGUGGUCUCAGGAUAGUGAGGUCAUCACUGUUGCCAGAUACACUUCUCGAG